AUGACCCCAAUCGAAUUGGACAAGCCUUCAGCGGCGCCAAUAAAUGCUGAAGCGUCUGAGCAAGACCAGCUCCGAGUACGCGAUGUUCCGCGAGACGGACACCACCGGGCUAUCGUCCAAGAUUCGCAAGGGAACCUUGUAUAUCCUAGCUACAUUCCACCGGAGAUCGAAAUGCCUAUUUCGCGCGAGAGAGCCGUAUCGGAUGGCGUACCAGAUCACUUCAAAAGUCCCAGUCCGACGGAGGGCCCCAGAAAAUCUAGGUCUGAGCCUGUGAACAAGCAAUCUCUCAAGUUAGCACAGUCGUCAUCUAGCCCCCAACAAAACCAAUAUCGGACUUCACCGUUCUCAGCUUUCCCUCUCAUGAAGCGAGCGGGAACGAAUGUUUCUAUGCUUGACAUGGCGCUACAACAAUCUUAUAACGAAAACAAAGACGAAGAUACAUCGGACUCGUCAUCGUCGGAAGCGGAAGAUGGAGGAAAGGCGACGGGAACGCGUACAGGUCAGUCCUCAGGACAGCCGAAGCGGAGAACAUCCCAUGACAGAUAUCGGCGCUUUCGAGUCGCGAAUGAAUUAUAUCGAACCAAUGGCAAGGUGUCCAAGAGAGAUGGUCGAUUAAACAUCACAGUCAAUGACACAAGCAAUACCGGAUAUCUCGCGAAGGCGCUUGGUACUGCCGUUAAAAAGGUCACGAUCAGGAAGGCCGAUGAAGGGAAAUCUAGCCAUCCGCUAGCAUCCUCACGGUUAUCUUCAGCCACCACGGCAGCAUCGGAGAAAUGGAAACGGCCAAAGCUGAAUAUAGUAAUCAUGGUCAUCGGUUCCAGGGGUGAUGCUCAGCCGUUCUUGAAGAUAGGAAAGGUGCUCAAAGAAGAAUACGGUCAUCGCGUACGUAUCGCUACUCACCCUGCCUUUCGCGACUUUGUCGAGAAAGAUUCGGGUUUGGAAUUCUUCUCCGUUGGAGGUGACCCCUCAGAGUUGAUGGCCUUUAUGGUUAAGAAUCCCGGGAUGAUCCCGACGCUCGAGACAGUGAAAGCUGGAGAUAUUGGAAAAAGACGUGCUGCUAUGGCCGAGAUGUUUGGUGGAUUUUGGAGAGCCUGCAUUAAUGCAACUGAUAACGAAAGAGGCGCCCACAAUAUAAAGAUGAUGGGCGAAAAUGACCCAUUUAUCGCAGAUGCCAUCAUUGCAAAUCCACCAAGUUUCGCACACAUUCAUUGUGCUGAAGCUCUAGGAAUCCCUCUGCAUCUCAUGUUUACUUUCCCUUAUACACCUACACAAGCUUUUCCUCACCCCUUAGCAACUAUAAAAAAAUCUAAUGUGGACCCUGGAUAUACUAAUUUCAUAUCUUACCCCUUGGUCGAAAUGAUGGUCUGGCAAGGACUCGGAGACCUCGUUAAUGAUUUCAGAGUUAAUACCUUAGGGUUAGAUCCGGUAUCUACCCUCUGGGCUCCUGGGGCGACCUACCGCCUUCAUGUCCCUUUCACAUAUUUAUGGAGUCCGGGAUUAGUACCUAAGCCAGACGAUUGGGGCGAGGAGAUAGACGUGUCUGGUUUUGCCUUCCUCGAUCUUGCCUCUUCUUUUGAUCCACCAAAGGAUCUUGUUAAAUUUCUCAAGGAAGGCGAGAUGCCAGUCUACAUCGGCUUCGGGUCGAUCGUAGUUGACGAUGCCGAGCGCUUCACAGAAAUGAUAUUCGAAGCUGUGAAACAAGCUGGUGUUCGAGCCUUAGUAUCGAAAGGCUGGGGUGGUCUUGGCCGGGUAGAUGUUCCUGAUAAUAUCUACAUGCUAGAAAAUACUCCACACGAUUGGCUUUUUCCAAAGGUUCGAGCCUGUGUCAUCCACGGCGGUGCCGGAACUACUGCUAUCGCACUCAAAUGCGGCAAGCCGACCAUGAUUGUACCCUUCUUUGGCGAUCAACACUUUUGGGGUUCAAUGGUUAGUAAUGUAGGGGCUGGACCGGUACCAGUUCCGUAUAAGAAAUUGAAUUCCGAGGAGUUAGCAGAAGGCAUUAAAUUCUGCCUAACGGAUGCAGCACUGGAAGCAGCGCAAAAAAUAUCCAAGGACAUCGAACUUGAAGGUGACGGUGCCCAAAACGCGGUGAAGACAUUUCAUCGAAAUUUAACUCUAUCCGGAGAAAAUUCAAUGCGAUGUUCAAUUCUCGACGAUCGCGUGGCGGUCUGGCGUAUUAAGAAAACUAGCAUCAAGCUCAGCGCUUUAGUAGCCUACGUCGCAGUCAGUCGGGGGUUAAUAAAUUGGCGGAGACUACGCCUUCUUCGACAUAAGGAAUGGAAUGACUUUGAAGGACCUGGCGAGCCUGUUACAGGAGUUGUUGGCUCGAUAGCUGGAACAGUUGGCGACGUAUUUAGUGGAAUUGGUAGUGUUCCAUACAGACUGGCGAAAACUUCACACAAGAGAGCUGAACGGAGAAGAAAGAAGGAGAGGAAGCGACAGCAAAAACAAGAUGCCCUAACUAAACGCUCAACCGAAUUCCCGUUUCCAAUACAAGGAGGUAGUGGUACUGGGGCUGAUACGAACGGAAGCGGUCGCCUUGAACAUGCUUCGACGCGUGCAACUACGCCUGGGACAGCUCCUCUUGAGCCCUGCCAAGAGGAGUACAUGAACGAGAUAGAAGAAGGAAUUGGUAAAACUGGCCGAGCCAUAGCGCAUGCACCUGUUGAUCUUUCACUCGCGCUGGCCCAAGGUUUCCAUAAUGCUCCUCGUCUAUAUGGCGACGAGACCGUUCGACGCCCAAUCCGGAUCACGGGAAUACGAUCUGGGCUCAAGGCCGCAGGAUAUGAAUUCAUAUAUGGCAUCUACGACGGAUUCACCGGACUUGUACGAUUGCCGGUUCGCGGAGCUAAGGAGGAUGGAGUCAAGGGCGCACUCGCGGGUGUUGGCAUGGGACUUACCGGAUUUAUAUUAAAAGAUAUAGCAGCAUUGGUCGGUCCAAUAGGCUAUACACUCAAAGGUAUUUCAAAGCAGGCCGACCGCGGAAAGCAGCCCCUGAAAUACCUCCGUCGCGCACGAAUCAUUCAAGCACAACGGGAACUUAGUGACCUAACAGAGGCCGAACGCAAGGCAAUAACUGAUACAGUUCUAAAAGGCUGGCAGGUUAUGCGCCGAUUGGCUGAUGCAAUUAUACGGGAGAAUGAGAAACGAUGGUUCGUACCCCGCUUCAGGACCAAGAGCAAGAGUGCUAGGAAGGUCAAGUCGUUAGGAAAAUACGGAAAAAUUCCAGCAUUUGAGAGUGUUGCGGCUGCGGAGAAAGCAAUAGAAGCUAUCACACGAGGAGAGGAUAUCGAAACUGUGCUCGGGAAGCGUAGGGGGCUCCAAGAUGAAUAA